CCAAUUUUUUGCAAUGGCGCGGACCAAGCAAACAGCUCGCAAGUCUACUGGUGGCAAAGCACCUCGGAAGCAGUUGGCGACCAAGGCAGCUCGUAAGAGCGCCCCAGCCACUGGCGGUGUGAAAAAACCCCACCGCUAUCGGCCAGGCACAGUGGCCCUGCGCGAGAUCCGUCGUUAUCAGAAAUCAACCGAACUGCUCAUCCGUAAGCUGCCGUUUCAGCGCUUGGUGCGUGAGAUCGCGCAGGACUUCAAGACCGAUCUACGUUUCCAGAGCUCGGCAGUGAUGGCAUUGCAAGAGGCUUGCGAGGCCUACCUGGUGGGCCUGUUUGAGGACACCAACCUGUGCGCCAUCCACGCUAAGAGAGUCACCAUCAUGCCCAAAGACAUCCAGCUCGCGCGCCGCAUCCGCGGAGAAAGGGCAUAGAUGCAAACCUGCAUUUUUGUCAGUUUGUGGAUAAC